AUGGGUAAAGGUUUCAAAAUCCGACUCUCUAGACUAAUCCCCUACUUCAAAUCCUGCCGUUCAAAACAUCCAUCUAAUCUCCCAAAAGAUCCUGUCCCUACAUCCUCCCUUCAAUCUCAACCCAAUCAUCCCCGCCGUUCAUCUUUCAAACACAACAUCCCCUCCACCUUCUUUUCCACCACCCCCAAAACCCGUCUCCCUUCAAAACCCAACCCGACCCGCUAUUCAUCGUCUUCAUCUGAAUUUCACGGUUUCAAGUGGCAGAAAUUCGUCGCCGCCGCUGCCGACGACGAUGACACGCCUCCCCGGAGGAAAAUUUACAACUCUGCCGCCUCCGGCUGUUCCGAUUACUCCGACGACGAUGAUCAUGAUCAUGAUCAUGAUGAUGAUGAUGAUGAUAACAUCUUCCAUUCAAUCACCCCACCCGAGAAGAAGAAGAAGAAACAGAGAAGCCGAAGACAUAGUCGUAGUAAUCGACUGUCAUUCAGAAUCAGCACUUCUUCUUCGAUGGAAUGCGGAUUGUUUAUGGGCAAGAGAGAAGAUGACGAACUAUUCACCGUGAAAGAGAGGAGGAAGUUGGAGUUUGAUCGGGAAACAGCGCCGGCGAGGUUAUCGGUUUUUAUUAAGAGGAGUUUAAUCCGGUGUGGAGGAGCGAAGGCGGAGGGGAAGGUGAGAGAGAGUUUUGCGGUGAUGAAGAGGUCUGAAGAACCGUACGAGGAUUUCAAGAGGUCGAUGAUAGAGAUGAUAUUGGAUAAGGAAAUGUUUGAUAAGAUAGAAUUGGAACAACUUCUUGCUUGCUUUCUAUCACUUAAUUCCACUAAAUAUCAUGGAAUUAUCGUUCAGGCUUUUGCAGACAUUUGGGUUUCUCUUUUUAAUCUUUAA